GCCCUCUUUUUCCUGGUCGAGUCUGUCCAAUCACAUUUCUUGCUCUUAACGUAACGUCUUAACGUCGGAAGCAGACUAAGGUGAUCUCCUCCUGUGUAAACACAGCCCCGGUAUGAGGCAUGGACGGUCAAAAUAUAACCAAAGUGGUCCUGCUGUCGUGCGGGUCCUUCAACCCGAUCACCAACAUGCACCUGAGGAUGUUUGAACUGGCUCGAGAUCAUCUGGAAGACACAGGUCAGUACAGGGUGGUGAAAGGCAUCAUCUCUCCGGUGGGUGAUGCCUAUAAGAAGAAGGGUUUGAUUGAGGCCUGCCACCGUCUGGAGAUGGCCAGAUUGUCCACGAAGAACUCAGACUGGAUCACAGUAGAUUCCUGGGAAAGCUCGCAGCCAGAGUGGGUGGAGACGUGCAAAGUUGUUCGGCAUCACUAUGACGAAAUGCUUGCAGCAGAGCAGAACAAUGAUGCCGUGGACACGGUCAAGUGUGCGAAAAAGAGACGCAUAGAGGAGAAUUAUUUUGAGGAUUCAUCCUAUCACAAAAGGAGAGAUGGCCCUCAGCUGAUGUUGCUGUGUGGGGCCGAUGUCCUGGAGUCGUUCGGGGUCCCUAACCUGUGGAAGCAGGAGGAUAUCGCUGAGAUUGUGGGCCGCUAUGGUUUGGUUUGCAUCAGCCGCAGCGGCAGUGACCCCCACAAGUUCAUCCACCAAUCAGACAUGCUGUGGAAGUAUCGCAAGAGCAUCCAUAUGGUCCAAGAAUGGGUGACCAAUGAGAUCUCAGCCACUCACGUGCGCCGGUCGCUGCGUCGUGGGCGGAGCAUCAGAUACCUGCUCCCAGACAACGUGGUUGAUUACAUACGAGAGCACAGGCUCUACAGCGAUGAGAGCGAGCGGAAAAAUUCAGAUGUAGUUCUAGCACCACUUGAGAGAUACAAGGGUGCCUCCUCAAGCUGAGGAAGUUAAUUCCUGCAAAAACAGAGGUGUAAGCUGUCUACACUAAGUGCUGUGUGUUCACUGAGAAUCUAAAACAAAUCAGACACAAUUCAGACCACCAGUGCCUACUAUACAGAACAGUCUUUUCUAGCAAUGGGUGUUGUUUUUUAAGAAGACAAAUCUACAUAGACUAUGCUCAGUGAAGUGAUUUAGUAACAAUUAAAGCAAUGGUGGUUCUUGUGAUUUGAUGCCCCUGCAGUUUCAGAGUGCAAUUCACUUAGACAUUUCUGUUGUAAAUAUGCACAGCUGUACACAGGGCAUUAGUUCUGAUAACAUUACUCAUGAUCAAAACCUAGCGAGCCGACAACAUUGCUACAGCCAAACAUCAAGCAAGUGCAACAACACAAGACACAGCAAGCCAACUAAUAAUACUUAGUUCAUCAGCAAUAUGGCCGGGUCAAAGUCUUGCAGCCUUUAUUUCGCAAAUCUCUCGCCAAUGACUAAAAACCAUCCGUGUAUAACUUAUGCCCGUUGGCCUCUUGCUCGGUCAUUCUCCUUUUCUCUUCUUAGCUUCCUCUGUCAUUGGCCUUUUUGGUCUCUCUGCCUCUUCGAUAUUGUCCGUAGAGGUUUCUGGUUAGGUUAAAUCAGGUUAUUUUGCAUGCUCACUGCUCCCCUCCAGCUUCAAGCUGUUAUUUUAAGUGGGUGUAGCUGUGUGGUAAUAACUGAGCAGCAGUUCAACCAGCAAAUCUGUGGUUAUUGAACUAGGGAUUCACAAUUUUGUAUGAAGAAGUCAGCAUACAGGGUGUUUGUUGUUUCAUGAACUAUAGUUAAAAACAAAUUCAUUUUAGUGUUUUUACAUUCUUGCUUCAGUAAACUCUCUCAACUCCUCAUGUACUUCCUUAGGCAAAACCAGGCGAUAUAACUUCUAGCUUAUAACAUGUUUACUUAGUGUAGUGCUGCAGAUUGGAAAGUGAAAGUGUGGUUGGUAUUGACUGGAGAUGAAAUAAACAACCCUUUUGGUUUUCCACCUU